CACGCACUAACAGAAACCAUUUCAAAAAUAUCAUUCUUGAGAAUGGGAUUUCCAGUUGCAUUCAGUGAUUCACUUCCCAAAUUGGUGCUAUAUAUGCUGAUGGUAUUAGGAUUUGUGCAGAAAUUUGUGUGCGCUCUGCUAUCUUUUUUACGGCUGGGGAAUUUUCUGGAGCCGGAAACGGCGCCCGAUUAUUCUAGCGCGGCGCUCAUCCGUGAGCUGCUGCCGGUGGUGAAGUUCGCAGAUUUGGAGCAGGAUCUUGACGCGCCGGCGUCGGAGAGCUGCGCGGUGUGCCUGUACGAAUUCGGCGGCGAGGACCAGAUCCGGCGGCUGAGGAACUGCCGGCACAUAUUCCACCGGAGCUGUGUGGACCGGUGGAUGGACCACCAUCAGGAGACGUGCCCGCUCUGUCGCAUGCCUUUCAUACAGGAGGCAUUCGACGAGCGAAUAUGGCUAGCCUCCGGCAUCUCCCAUCUCUACUCCGACUAUUCGCUAAUUACGCCUGGUUUGUAGAUAUUCCUAACACUCCGCGAUCAGGAGUCCCAGUCCCAGUCCCAGUCCCAGUCCCAGUUGAGAAUUUUAAAUACUAAUAAAAUGUGAGUAAAAUGAAUCAGUAGAAUCUGGAGUUUGUACCGAACAAAAUGCUACACCUUAACUCAUAAUCACAAAAUGUAAAUAUUGUAGUAUGAAAGAAAAGACCGAAAAAUAUGGCAAUUCGAAAUGAAAGAAGCACAAGAUAGUUUUUGAAGAUCA